AGACAGCGCUAUCGUAGCAUAUAAAUUUGCACCUUGAGAGCAUGAAUAGGGUUAGGCCCCGUUGACCAGGAACUGUGAACUUGGGGCGAAAUUUUGUCGAUUAGGACCCAGUUGUAGCAGUCUGUAAUUCCAGUGCCACUAUGCAGCCACUUUUCCCUUCCCAGGGCGUGAAGCCCCGCCAAGUGGGCUCGCCAGGACCGAAGUCCAUCUUCCCUGCACCGCCGCUUCCGAAGCCCGCUACCGGGUCUCCAAAGCGAGUGGAACCCAAAAUAGAACCUCGAGUGGAUACUGGCGGUAGCAGCGCAACGAAAGCGCAGGAGCUCGCAGCGCGCAUCCAGCAGGCUAGCAUCAACCGUGCGAGCUCUGUGAAGAAGGUCAAGGAUUUAGCAGCCAAGCUGGUGGUGCAUGCGGAACGGCAGGAGGAAAUCCGCAACCGGACGAUGAAGAAGCUGGAGGACGUGUCUCAGCGGCUCAACAAGGAGCAGCCCGAUGCACUGGGAGCGCCGCCCACGCCUCAGGCCAAGGAGCAGGCGGACGCGCGGCAGCGGCAGGCGGGUGAUGCGGUACCGGAGCUGUCGUCGGGCGUGGAGCGGGCCAAGAGCCUGGCCAGCCGGCUGAUUGAGCAGGUGGAGCGGCAGGACAACCUGUGCAGCAAGGCGCUGUCAAAACUAGAGGAGUAUGCGGACAAGCUCAAACAGCCGGUGCCCUCCGUGCGGCCGGUCUCGGUGCCGGCGCCGCCCGCGCCUGCAGCGGCAGCAGCACCCGGGCUAGGGGCCUUGGCGGCGGCGGGCACACAUGCGGCUGCCCCCGCCGGCGAUGGUCUGCUGCCGCUGCCGCUCGGGAUGAUGACGGUGGACGUGCAGGCGGCGGUGCGGGCGCGGAUCGCGGCACACGGGGACCCCGUGCCCGCCACGGCGGCUCUGGCGCAGGAAAUCAACGCACAGGCCGCGGCGCGGCUGGCGGCGGCGGCCGCACUGCGGAGGCUGCCUCUCGGCGUGUCGCUGCCGUCUCAGCCGGGUGUGGGCGUUGGCGUGGUUGGGGGCGUGGCCGGCGGGGCGGCGCAGCAGCCUGUCGGCCCAGCGGCUGGCGCUGCGCCUGCUGCUUCCACGUCAAAUGUGGUGCCGGCGCCAUCGGCGCAGGGCCCGCGACACAGCGAGCAGUCACCAGCCGAGGCUGCGGCAGCUGCGCCGGUGCCGGCCGGGGCCCAGGCGGCGCAGCAGCAGCCGCAGCCAGGGGCGCUGACUGACACGCCACAAGCGGAGGCGGAGGCCGCAUACGCACCGGGCGUUGUGCGCGCUUGACGGCAGGGCACGGCGGUAUGAGUGCGUCUCGAGUUGCGCAGCGUUGCAGCGUGUGUGAGGUUUUGUGUGUGGCACCGUAUCGUAGACAGAGAGCAAGAGGCAUCAGAGCGGGGAGGGCUUGCUGGCAUGCGACAGUGAUGCCGGAUGCAUGGCAAGAUGGCACACCGCGCACACCCAACAGGUUGGGAGCAUGCGGGUAACGCGGGACCAAUUCUCCCGCUUGCCCGCGGCUACUACCUUGAUCUGAAUCAUUUUGCAGCUGCAGCUGCGCUGACGGCGCGUGUGGGGGCUUGUGUGUCCUCUGAGCUGCGUGAUUACCCUUUUUCCGAUCAGAGCUCGUAUAGGCCAGAAGUAGAAGUGUUACAUACAUUGGGUCUGCAGCAGUGGUGGGCUGCAGCUGGUGCAGGAGGUCCACCACCACCACUGCUUGGGCUUGGUGGUGUUAGAAAAAAGAGACAGCCCAUAAGUGCUCUUGUUGGUUCCCUCGCAAGCAUCCAGGGUUGCAGGGGCAACGCAGCCGCCAUAAUUGGAGGGUCAUUGUGCAGACAUCUGAAGCUCAUGUAAGAAUUCACGAAUAGGGUGAUGCGGUACAAGCCGGAGAACCUUGUCUUGGUGGAGUGGUGGCUGUGAUGCAGACCGGUGUAGGCGCACACAGUGGCUGAGCGCCGCAUUUUGCCUUCUGCAAAGGUACUGCAUGGGAUCGCUACCAACAAUUCAUCCCACUUUAA